UGACUGUCCAUAUUGCGAACCACCAUAUAAAGCUCAUGCAUCAGUCUCUUCAGACAUGCAACACCGUCAGACCCCUCCAUCCAUCCAUCCCUGCGUAAGUGCACACGCGCACAUGGAUCACGGGAGACAUUCCAAAAGGGACGUCAAGAUACAAAAUGUAGGCACCGAUUGCCUGUCCUCCGCCGUGGCCUCACGGAUGGCCACAAUGAGGUGGACUGCCUUGACUGACGAUCACAUGUGCCCGUCUGUCUGUCUGUCUGUAUGGCCCCCCUCCCCAUCCAUUCACCAGACAGACAGCCAUUCGAGCACACGCGCACUGGUGCGGGGGUGUCUCUGGCCUCUUGAUGUACAUGUGGGGGUGCGCGUGGGGCGGCGUCCUGACUUGAGCCGCCAACUGUGGCCUUCGGGCGCCACUGAUGGCGAGACCUCCUCCCUCCUCGGAUGCCGCCAGUGAUCGAUGCGAAGGUGGCGCCCGCAGGGAGCGGACCGGCAGUACGUGGUCGACGGCAGGGCGGCAGACGACGCCAUGGACGAAAGGGGUGGGUGAGUGGUGGUGUAGGCGCCAAUGGAUGAAAUACGGCUGACAAGAGGAUCGCAGGGGAAGGAAGAGAAGACAUGAGUGCAUCGCUCUCGGCAUUCAAAGCCUUCCUUGUUAUCCAUAUGCCUGCCUACCAGCCAGGUUUGCUGCCUGUCUGCUUCUGUCUGCGAGACUUUUUGGCGCUGCGAGGGGUCGGGAAGAGGCCUGAGAGGUUGCGAGGGGUCAAGACGCCAAAGCCGGCCGGGGCCUACAGGAACGAAGAAGCGACCAAGGGAAACAGGGCGGCAUGAGAGCGGCUAGCAUUGUCCGUGUGUUGUGUGUGGCUGUAUGUACCGGCGUGCUAAAAUCCCACACCUACACACAAACACAUAACGCGCCCAAGUGAUUCAGCAGGACAUCCAGGGACUUUUCUGACGAGGUAUGUUUGCCUACCUUGGGUGGCUGUGGGUUCCUGCUGGUCAGCCGCUUGGGUGGGGUGGGUGACGUGAGCAGGGGCAGCUGUGGCGUGAGAGGGACACGUGGUAUCAGCCCUUCACAAUAUAAAAUGUGGACAGCGAUUCUCUGGCAGAUCGACACACCCGCCGGCCUGCACACAAGCGAAGAAAGGUCAAGUCUGCCUCUCCUGAUGUCUGAGGGCCAGCAAUGCUCACAAGUGCGCACGCCGCUUGAGAUGGAAACCAACCCAUCAGAAUAUAAAACGUAGACAGCGAUCCGGAGCAGCUGAAACAGAAAGAGAGACAGCGGCGCUGCACUCAUUUCAAUGCAGGUAUGUAGUUCGCCCGCCUAUGACUCACAGCAGCCGUCGCACCGAGGUUGGUGGGUCUCAGAGACAUCCCCAAACCCGCCCCAGCGCCGCCAGUCUGUGGAAAGGGAUACAUGUCGUGUCUGUCUGUCUGUCUGUCUGUCUGCUGGUGCAUACCGUGAGGUACUCGACGCGCGUGUCAGGCAGAUCGAAGGCCCCCUGAACAACAAGCAGCCAGCAAGCACCCGCACCAACACGCAAUCAGUACAUAAACGCGUUCAUCGCUGUGCAAAUCAAUCCAUGUGUGUGUCUGUGCCGUCCCACCUGGGCUGCUCUAAGUCGCUGGCUGAGCUCGGGGACGCCCUCUCGUCGACCCACGCCGCAUUUGGUAUUCUGACCUUUGUAGAGGCGAUGGAUGGGAUGUAAGUGCCCGUCAGGAUAUAAAAUGCAGACAGCGGUCUGUACGGUCGUAAGAGCUGAAACAAAGAGAAGAAAAGCAUGUCUCUAAGGACAGAAUUCAGCAAGCUGCGACGCCGUGUCUCCUCCUCACCAUCACUCCUCGUCCGACUCGGUCACAGCACCCCCACCACGACCGUCACGUCGUCCUUCUUGCUCCCCCGACCCGUACUCCGGCUGUAGGCUGCUCGCCCGAUGGCCAGUGGUGGAUGUGGUGCUGGUGGGGAUGGUGCGGCGGGUGGGGUGCCAUGGGGAAGCCGACGUGCCUGGUGGUAGUACUGGGCCUGCUGGUGGUAGUAGUGCUGUGCUUGUGUUGUGCUGGAUGCUGGUGCUGGUGGGGAGAGGGAAGGUGAGCGAUCGGGGUCUGCAGCACGGGGGCGGGGUGGUUGCCGUAAGGGGCAGCUCCAAUGGUGCUGGGCCUCUGAGCAACACAGACAGACCAGCACACGGAGAGUGGGGGAGAGAGGAUAUGGCAAUCACCGAAAUGAAUGGAUUGAGAGGGGGAUUGAGACGGCAUUGAGGUCGUUGUCUGUCGAUGUCCUUCCCUCAUGGCCUUCCUUGUCUGUCCACCACGGCACGGCCUGCUCUAUCUAUCAGGCUCAAGGUUGUCGGCACUCACUAUCUGAAACCACCUGGUCUAUCAACACCAUCAUCGACAAGCAUACAGAGAGAGAGGGGGAAUGGAAUGAUUGCAUACGUGCCUUUGAUAUUCGUGUGCCCGCGUGGUUCCAGCUUACUCACUCACCUGGUGGUUGCUGUCUUUGGUACUUGCUGGCUGGAGCAUUUGUCUGAGGCUCUGUGUGGGUGACUUACACCCUGAGAGGCGUGGCGGGGUCACCCAGUCGUCGGGCGAAGAUGCUCUCAAGCCCGUCUUCUGCUGCGUGGGGUUGCCCCUCGCACCGAGUGAUCCCUUCUCCUUCUUGGUCUUCCGUUUCUGUCGCUGCCGCUGUGCCUCGCGCACCCGCUGGUCUGGGUCGAUGCGGGACCACCAAGUGCCGAGCAUCCAUCUCGAGCAGGAACCCGUCUAGCAACUCCUCCAGCAGGAACAAGGCGCACACGCCAAAAUAGUGGAAGCCCACCCAACACAUGAUCCGGCCGAUGCUGCUGCUAACGCUGCUGCUGUCACCCUCGUGUGUGUCGUCGUCCUGCACUCCUACCCACUUAUGCACCCCCCCCCCCCCCCCCCCCCCCCCCCCCCCCCCCC